GCUGUAUGACACCUAGCCCACCUCAUAUUUAGAAAUAUAUGUUCUCGUUAAUUAUAUUGGUAGUACGUAUAAUAGUGCAGUCCUACGUAGAUUCGUAGUUCUUGUAUCUCGAUAGAGCCCUGUAACAAAAAUCUUGCUUGUGCCCUUACGUGCAACCGGAGUCUGCAUUAUCGAAGAUCUCAGCUGGGGGGCUAUUACUAAGAGAAUUACGGCUCCCGAAGAUGACUCAAUCUUGCAACACGACAGGACACGACCCCCCCCCAUCGAGAUACCUAUUCCCGCCUUCUUCUCUCGUGCACGCAUUCGGCGUUACCAUUCUAACUCGUGUAUGCUUUCGUAAACCCAUAUCGUUCUCGAACGAGUCUGUCUCAAGUUACGUCGGCGAAGCCAAUGCGUGCGUGACGCGGCUUCGUCAAAGCCGCCUCGAUCGCCAAGUGAUAUUACCAAAAGAGGGGGGGGCUUGAACGAGAAGUGCUCAUUAUCAAUCUAAUCUUAUAGACCAUCAUCAAGCAUACAUGCUCGCUUUGAUGCUGUGCCAAGGCUCUUAGGUACGUAUACCCCUUAUUAGUCUCCGAGAUUCGUAGACGAUAAGCCUCAGCUCAAGUGAUACUCGAGAAAAGUUACCUCCGCAGGAAAUAGCGUACCAAGUUUCGUCAAAACAUGGCGCCUUAGUCGUCAUGUAAUUCAGACAUCUCAAGAAUAACCGGGAUAAGACCUUACGCCCGGGCUGGUUAUAUCAAUCGUGACAAGAGAGGGCCCGAGCAAAGAGGUAAUAAUGGGUUACAACAAGGUAGGUUGGGUUAAGGAAUGGGUCCUAUGAUAAGAGAUAUAAAAACCACUUUCUACCAUAUAUGGAAUGUGAUAACUCUUCUUCACAGAGUUACUAUCUGAUAAUGAGACCUCUUAGGGAAUACCCAAGUUGUGAGGGUCUGUGGUUGGUGACGCGUCAUCACGGGAUCUGACGUGUUUGUCUACUGCAUUCCGACAUCUCAACCCCGUUAUUUGUUUAAUCCAGAGCGCUUAUAGGAUAUGAAUGGACCAGGUCUAGGCCCUAACAAUAUACUGCUCCGAGACUUGGUCGACGCUAUGUAACAUGUUGAUAGAAAUUGUGCAUGUAAUUGUAGUCUCGAGGCUGAAACUCUCGGCCCUAUGCUGCAAGAAACAAUCCAGCGGGGUUGAUAUCGCUUCACCUCGUUGCUUGAUACACCUUGUCAACUAGAAGUUCUUAUUUACCACAUUCCUUUUUCAGCAGCGAAUCGCAUGUUGUACAUAUUACCUGUGUCUUGAUGUCCUGAUUACACAUGCUAACCUGUUUGCUCGAUGGUCUCGAUCCAACAUUACCCCCACGCGCGCGCGCGCAUUUUCAACUGCACACCAUCUAUCGUAUCAAAAUGCCGCCAAGCAUUGUGUUUCCCUUCGAACCUUGAGCAUCUCCCCGUGAAGUCGAAAACAUUUUCAUGAUAGAUAUGUAAAGAUAAUCAGCCCCAGCCUUGCAGAUGCACUUAAUUCUCUUCCGAGUGGGCAUUGGCCCGGGCGGUGAUGACGUCUGGAGAAGCACCACAUAAUUGCCUCCAAAGAUAGGAUGAUAGAAGGGGGGGGGCUGUACCUAGCAAACUACAAACUUUGCUUAAUCGUAUAAUAACACCGGAUUGGGCCGCGGUGACAUUAUUCCAUCUCUCAUUUUCUUGUAAUCUGGCAGCAUGGCGACGCAUGCAGCAGCAGCACGUCACGCACGAUAGCAGGGUUGUGACGAACCCAUCCACCGGUGCUAAUCCCCCUUAAUGGAAGCUGAACAGACAGUUAGGUACUAGGAUCCCAAGAUUUCCUAUGUACCUAAUGCAGGUAUAAACCCUUACCCAUCGGCGGUGCAAGGGGCGUGAGCAUAGUGACGAAUAGAGUCGCUCUCCGUGUCAAACGUAAACGGUCAUAAGUGAAAAGUAGGCUGAGAUACCCGCUUUACUGUCGCGAAACUUGGAAAAGUCCGUAAACUGCCAAUCCCCGUUCCACGCCGGUCCCGAAGAUUGGGAGUGUUGGAGCAGAUUACGCAAGCCCCGAUGAUAACACGGCCCUAUAUGUCCUUGUGUCUUGUGUGCCCCCUACUAAUGUCUUCCUAUCUGAUUGCACGCAAGUAUCCGCAUAUACCAAAGGAGUUAGGUGGUACACAGCGUAUUCCUUCGGUCGUGUCGCGGGUCUUUGCAGACAAGCCACCUCCAACCCCCAUACGUGAGAAAGAGAGCAAGCAGCACGGUGUAAGAGUAAGAACACACCCACACCGGGUAACCUCCGGGGGCAAAAAAAGGAUUAGGUACUGGUCGUACAACUAGGCUAGGUUAGGUAGAUACUACUACCUACUACAUCCACGGAGGAGCGGAGGAUAAGAUGGCACUUAUCGUCAACUACCUACGGCAAACGACCGGGAAGGAUCAGGAACGGAAGAAAUUCCCUGCGCAUGCAGCUAUUUAUGCUAAUUCAGGGGGGUGAAUACAACGGACCCUGCAAAUCGAAGGGUAAAUAGGGAUUUUUUGACAAGCCCGCUGCCCAACUAGCUUUAGAGUGCCGAGCACGUAUGCCGAUCUUGGCCUGAUAUAUUGCUACGCUGCAUGGCACCCCGGCAUCAACACCCCCCCCCCCUGUGGGCGUUACACUGUGGGGUUUAGUCUUUGCUGAUGACGAUAUGAUGUCUGGCCCCUCGGGUGGGAAAAUUAGGUAUGCCUUGUAAAUACCUAACAUACGCGCUUCACCUUUC